AUGAUGCAACAUCGCAUGCUCUCCAAAGAAGACGAAGCCACAAUCGGCACAGAAGACAAUGAAGUCCGCCGCGAGGACCAGGAAAAGAUUAACCGGUUUAGUCGACUUCAUCAGCGCGAAGCGACACUGGAGGAGUUGUUGAAGGGGAAGCAGAAGGAUAAAGAAGAUCUUGAGGAGAUCUCAACAGAACUGGAAUUGGCUGAUGAAGAUGAAUUGGUUCCAUACAAAAUCGGAGACUCUUUCGUUCGUCUUCCCCUGGAAGAAGCCCAGGCGCUUCUUUCCGCGUCAACGGAGAAGAUCGAUGCCGAGGUGGCCAAGUUGGAGGAUGGACUAAGCGAUCUGCGCGAUGAGAUGCAGCAGUUGAAGGUUGCUUUGUAUGCUCGCUUCGGACGGAGUAUCAAUCUGGAAACUUAGAUCCAUCCGAGUUACUACCAGUGUCCCCUGAAACGCAUUCUACCAGAAUGUAAACCAAAUAGACGCUUGAGGAGUUUUUGAUUAUUAUGCUAUGUACAGAUCUAAAAUUGAUCUUUGGUGGUAUCCCUACACCAAGCGGGACCGUUAUACAAGGCUGUAAACAG